CCGUAGAAACUUGUCAUUUGUGCGCAUGUUCAGUAGUCCCCCUGCAUGUUUUCCUUGCUGAUGUUGCAAUAGACAUGUGAAUUUCUCAGUGUUUACAUUUAUUUUCUCUAAUUGUAGUCAACUUCUCGGUCACCAUGAAGACGAGAUUCACCACCAUGGAUAUCAGGGCAGUUAUUGCCGAGAUCAAUGCUAACUACAUUGGCAUGAGAGUAAACAACGUCUACGACAUCGACAACAAGACGUAUCUUAUCCGACUGCAAAAGCCUGACUUCAAAGCUAUUAUCCUGAUUGAGUCUGGGACUCGUAUUCACUCCACAGACUUUGAAUGGCCAAAGAACAUGAUGCCUUCAGGCUUUGCAAUGAAAUGCCGAAAACACCUGAGGUCACGGCGGUUGACCCAGGUUAAGCAGCUCGGGAUUGACAGGAUUGUUGACCUCCAGUUUGGCUCAGACGAGGCUGCCUACCACCUGAUUAUUGAACUGUAUGACAGGGGAAAUGUCAUUCUUGUAGACCAUGAGUACACCAUCCUGAACCUGCUGCGGUUUCGCACAGCGGAGGCAGAAGAGGAUGUGAAGAUUGCUGUAAGAGAGCGGUACCCUGUGGAGAACGCCCGACCCCCUGAACCGCUCAUCAGUUUAGAACGACUCACUGAAAUCCUCAGCAAAGCAACUAAUGGAGAGCAAGUGAAAAAGGUCCUGAACCCUCACCUUACUUAUGGAGCCACUCUGAUAGAACACAGUUUGAUAGAGGCGGGACUGCUGGGCUCUGUCAAAAUUGACAGCCAAGUUGAUGCUGCCCAAGUUGCACCUAAAAUCCUGGAAGCCCUGCAGACUGCAGAAACCUACAUGGAGAAGACUGAGAACUUCAGUGGCAAAGGCUACAUCAUUCAAAAGAGUGAGAAGAAACCAAGCUUAACCCCAGGCAAACCCACUGAAGAACUGCUAACGUAUGAUGAAUUCCACCCAUUCCUCUUUGCCCAACAUGCUAACAGCCCCUAUUUGGAGUUUGAUACUUUUGAUAAGGCAGUGGACGAGUUCUUUUCUAAGAUGGAGAGUCAGAGGAUUGACAUGAAGGCCUUGCAGCAGGAGAAACAGGCCAUGAAGAAGUUGGACAAUGUUAAGAAGGACCAUGUGCAGAGACUGGAGGCUUUGCACCAAGCUCAGGAGGUGGACAGAGUAAAGGGUGAACUUGUGGAGAUGAACCUGCCUGUGGUGGAGAGGGCGCUGCAGGUGGUGCGCAGUGCUCUGGCCAAUCAGGUGGACUGGACUGAGAUUGGGACUAUCGUCAAAGACGCACAAGCUGCUGGAGACCCGGUCGCCUGCGCCAUCAAGGACCUGAAGCUGAAGACCAACCAUAUCACCAUGCUCUUAAAGAACCCCUAUGUUUCUGAGGAAGACCAGGAAGAGGAAGAGAAAAAAGAUGCGGUGGAGGAAAAAGGGAAGAAAAACAAAAAUAAAGACAAAGGACAGAACAAGAAGUUGCAAGGGAACAAGCCCAUGCUGGUGGAUGUGGAUCUUGGCCUAUCUGCCUAUGCCAAUGCCAAAAAGUACUAUGACUUUAAACGCACUGCUGAAAAGAAGGAACAUAAAACCAUUGAAGCGGCAGGUAAGGCUAUGAAAUCUGCAGAGAAAAAAACACAGAAGACCCUGAAAGAGGUUCAGACUGUGACCACCAUUCAGAAGGCCAGGAAAGUCUACUGGUUCGAGAAGUUCUUGUGGUUCAUCAGCUCAGAGAAUUAUCUCAUCAUCGCAGGAAGAGAUCAGCAGCAGAACGAGAUUAUUGUCAAGCGCUACCUCCGGGCAGGAGAUAUCUAUGUUCAUGCUGACCUCCAUGGAGCAACUAGCUGUGUCAUCAAAAACCCCUCAGGUAUCCCCGUCCCCCCUCGUACCCUGACAGAAACUGGCACCAUGUCUGUGUGCUACAGCGCUGCUUGGGAUGCCAAAAUCGUCACCAGUGCCUGGUGGGUUCAUCAUCAUCAGGUGUCGAAGACUGCUCCUACUGGAGAGUAUCUGACCACUGGAAGUUUCAUGAUCAGAGGAAAGAAAAACUUUCUGCCACCUUCUUACUUGAUCAUGGGAUUUGGAUUCCUCUUCAAGGUCGACGAAGACAGCGUGUCUCGGCACCGAGGGGAGAGAAAGGUGAAGACCAUAGAGGAGGACAUGGAGGACGUCUCAUCCAGAGCUGCCGAGCUGUUAGAGGAGGGAGAGGAGCUGAUAGGUGAUGACAGCAGUAAUGAAGACCAGGGGGAGGAAAGAGCAGCAGGAGAUGGAGAGGUGGACGAAAAGAUUAAAAAGGCAGAUGAUGGUGCGAGUGAACUGGCCGCUGUUCCUGAGGAGGAAAACAUGGAGGAAGGAGACGGAGACAGCGAGGAGGAGAAGGAGAUGAAAACUGAGGAAAGUGAAGAAUUCAGCUUUCCAGAUACGACCAUCUCCCUCUCUCACUUACAGCCCAGCAGGAAUACUCAGAACCCUGGCUUUAAAAAGGAAGUGACCACUCAGGUAAUUUAUUGCUAUAUAUUACAACUGUUUUAUGGAAGUAACAUCAUAAAGGAAUUGAUUAAUUCUCUACAGGGGGAAUUAGACUCACAGGUGACGAAACACGUGACUGCGAAUCAGAAAAGAGAAGACAAGAAGAAGAAGCAGAAACAGGAAGGUUGCGACACGGAGGAGAAGACUGAGAUUCCAUCUGCUGGCUCAGCAGUCGAUCAGGGAUCCAAAGGUGGAGGAGUUCCCUCCCUGCCGCAGCCCAAGAGAGGCCAAAAGAACAAGUUAAAGAAGAUCAAGGAGAAGUACAAAGACCAGGAUGACGAGGACAGGGAGCUGAUGAUGCAGCUGCUCGGGUCAGCCGGUUCCCCUAAGGAGGAGAAGGAUAAGGGGAAGAAAGGAAAGAAGGGGAAGGGGAAAGACGAAACUGUCAGGAAACCUCUCCCCCAGAAACCACCUCCCAAACCCCGUACUGUGGAGGCUGCAGUGAAAAAAACAGAGACGGGAGGAGAGCAGGGUGAUGAGGAGAAACAACCCGGAGAGGAGGGAGGUGCUGCAGAACAGGAAGACAAGGAAGAUGAUUUGGACCAGGACAACCCCGGAGCAGAGGAAGCGGAGACUCUGCUCACCUCUCUGUCGGGCCAGCCUCAUCCUGAAGACGUGCUGCUGUUCGCGGUGCCAGUCUGUGCUCCAUACACCGCCCUUACCAACUACAAACACAAAGUUAAACUGACUCCAGGGGCCCAGAAGAAAGGAAAAGCUGCACGCACUGCAGUUCUCAGCUUCAUGAAAGCCAGAGAUGCCUCAACCAGAGAAAAAGACCUGCUGCGCAGUGUCAAGGAUACUGAUCUAUCCAGGAACAUGCCAGGCAAAGUGAAAGUGUCCGCUCCAAACCUGCUGGCUGCCAAGAAGAAAUGAGAGGGGGCUGAACACAACCAGACGGGACUCUGACAACCUUAUCUCCAUUUCAAGAAGCAUCACAGUACAGCUCUCCUGUUGAAUAUCAAUCAUUUUAUUUUAAUUAUUGAUUGUAUUUGUUGACAUACAAUUUCUUCAAAAUGAAAACAUGUAAAUUAACAAAGCGGAACAGAACACA